UUUCCUUUCAAUGUCAACUUCUCAAACACCUAAUGGAAAGAAUAAAGCUCUAUCUGCUAAUAUUGUCACCCAGGUUGUUAUCAGAAAUGUAGAAAAUAAACCUCUUGUUACUAAGAAGAGUUAUGAGGUCUUCUGGCAGAAUCUUGAACGUGGAAUUUCUCAGUCGUCAGAAGAAAGUAACCUAAUAGCUCAACUUGCUAAAAAGAUUAAUGAGACUAAGAAGUUGAGAGAGAAAUAACAAACGCGACAAGCAACGAAGAGAUGAUCAGGUCAAAUACUUCGCUAAAUUGAGACGCAAACGCCAAGACCUUAAACAGUCGAGUUAUGAUGUACUUUCUCGGUUCGAUCAGAUUAAAAAGAAAAACUUCCAAAUCUCAUGAUAUAAGGCUGCUAGAUACUCCGAGUUCAUCUCAAAUAGAUUGGGAUUGAAGUAAAUAAGCCAACAAUUUCUCCACAAGUCAUGAGAGAAAUCAAUAAGAGCGCAAAUUAUGUGAAAUCUAGGAAUAAGACCCCUACUUUCGGCAUGAAGGAAAACUCUAUGCAACAGAGCAUUGAUCCAUUUUGUACUGUAAAGUCUAGAUACAGCGAAGCCAUUAAUAUCUACAAUAUGAAGAAUAAAACACCAAGGGGUCAUAAUAGUGUCAAUACAGAACUGAAGAAUUUAAUCAUGAGGUCUACUCUGUACUCAAGUUUGGACAGUAACAGACAGGCCAAGCCUGACCAUGGAGAAAACAUCCAGCAAUCCUCAUCAACACAGGGAUUAAUGAGCAAGAGUGUAUCUGACAAGCUGUUUCCAGUUCAAAAUAUUAAAAAGUUAAAUAUCGCCCUUGACAAGAUCCUCACAUCACCAAACAAAAUAGAUGUAACUCAGUACCCAUUAUGGCAGAAGAUGAAGAAGGCCGAGAGUAAGAUAAGUGCUGCUAGAACAAAGCUCCGCACCGGUAUUGAUGUAAAAGAUGAAGCAGCAGUUAAGGAACGCUUUUUGAUCCAGAAAGCAGCUACUAUUUGUGAGGAUCAACCUCAAAACUCGUCUAAAGUAGGUUUGCCUAAUAUCGAGGAACGGUUGAAGAAGAGCAAGAGUAAUUGGAACGACAUUGAGAUUUACAGUAAUUUUGUGAACAGGUUACUCAACCAGACCAAUGAUAAAAACCUCAGGCGACUUUAUUUAAAAAGCAAGGGAUAUAUGAUGAAUAAGGCAAAGAACAAGCACAAAAGUGGGCUCGAUUUUUAUAAGCGAAUGGAGAAGGAUAUUAAAGCCUGGAGCAAUAAAUAA